AUGGCCGACUUAACUCUUCAACAACUUAUAGAUUCUGGUCAUUCACCUCAAAUGAUGGGAAAGUUGACUCUAUUUGCCACAAAGCUUGCAAUCCUACUCGCAGGGGCUUGGGUUCAUUUGGUUGGCAUAUUUGUUGUUUUUUAUUUAGCAGAUGUUCAAGUUCAAAAUUUGUUACAUCUUCGGGUUUCGAUUCUUUCUGAUUUGAAUUUACAAGCUCGUACGUAUGAUAGUACGAAUUACCGACCAAUGGAUAUCUUACUUAGCUUAAUGAGAGCCCGGCAGUUAGUGGUAUAUCGAGUGAGGUCUUGGUACAUUGUAUCAUCUCUGGAUCGAAUUGCACGAUUGUUUAGACUAGGGAUCUUGCUUGGACUAUGUGAUUUGGCAUUCUUAGGGAUAAUUUACCUACCGGCUUUGAUCAUUUCAUUAGGAUCACUACGUCGAAGAGCCGCAGAAGCAACUUUUGCAGCUGCUAUACCUACCGAAGAUCAGGAUGAGCAUUUUGCAAGGAUUGAAGCUAGAUUGAAAGAAGAAUAUAUAGCUGUUAUCGCACAUUCUGCAUUUGUUUAUCUUUUUGCAAUCAUGUUUAUUCCAGUUAUGUCAUGGCAAUUGACUUACAGAGAUCCAACAUUCCUAAGAAAUAAAACUUGGUUAACCGUCACACAAAUCGGAUUACAUGGUCCAUUUGCAAUAGGUGGCAAUUGUAUCGAGUUCGUCAUGAAUAGACAAGCAAGCCGUUUAUUACUAAAGCAUCGAGCUGAAAAUAUAGCGUGUCGUUAUACAAGUACCAAGGGUAGCUCGAUGGAACUGAUGCCUGCAAGAUAUCUAUCACGCUCAAGUUCAACGAUAAGAAAUUAA